GUCCUACGUAAAUAUAAGUGCAGAAUCUCGAGCAACAAAAACAGUUAAUAACAAUCAGUGGAACAAAGCAGAAUGAAAGUACUGAUACCAGUUACAAUUAUAUUUUGUGUAUUCACAUGCAGAGCUGAGGAUGAUGGUCAGUAUCACCCUGAUGAUGAAGGACAAUAUAUUCCUGAUUAUUCUGGCAGAUAUAUUCCUGACAACAGUGGAGCUUAUCGAGAUGAUGGUACUGGAAGGUUCUCUAAUGACGGAAAGGGACAGUAUCAAAAUUUAAUAGAUAAAUUCAAGUAUCAAAACCAGUUCAAUGCCAGAGGAAAUGCUGGAUCAGCUAGCACCAUCAAAAGUAACUAUAUUCGACCCACUGCUAAUAAAAUACCGGUGCCCAGUACGGCGAAAUAUGAUGAUGGUAGAUGGAGAAUCAUUCGUUUGGCCACUGACGUCAAUACCGAUGGUCUACACUGGGAGUAUGAAACCGAGAAUGAAAUUACUGGUGAAGAGAACACCAAAGUUCACAAUAAAGGCACCAAAGAAGAAAUAAUAAGAACUCAGGGAUUUUACAAAUAUAAAGGACCAGAUAACAAUGUAUACAAUAUUGAAUAUACGGCAGACGAGAAUGGAUUCAUACCCAGAGGCAAACAUUUACCACAAUCUCUCCAAAAUGUCAUCACUCUUAAUCGUAACUCGUAACUAGAAAGAUUCAUAAAAAAUUAUAGAUCAGUCAUUGUCACUCUCGUCACUUCAGUCAAGUUAUUUAUCAAUAAAAAUCGCAGUUGUGAGUUCUCUGAAAUUAGUGAUGAGACGUAAACAAUCUUUGGUUAUUACAUUUCAAUUCAAUUUUUAUUUUCUUAAAAUUAGAAUACAGAUUAUCAAAUCUUUAGAUAUUGCUCUUUAGAAAAUUUAGAGAUCGACCGCAUUAGCCGAGUCAAAAUUGCCUGUCUGCCAUGUGCUCGAUCAGAGAAAUUUAGAUUUAAAUGUACAUUGUAGCUAAAAUUAGACGUUUGUAGUUACCGUUAAAUACAUAAAAAAUGAAUGAAAUGAAAUUGAGUAUUUUCCAACUGCAUUUGUAGUGAAUCAAAAACAAAAUUUCAACUACAAACGAGGCUGAUGAAUGUAGUAGAGUUCAUUUUCUUGUAGUCUCAUCAGUUACUGAGAAAUCACUGUUGAUACUAUUCAAACUACGACAUACGACUAGCAAUGCUACAUACGACUAGCAAUGAAAUAGAUUUUAAAUUGAUUGUAGUUUAUUCUAACACAGCACUCGUUUAAAAACUACUAAUAAUUGUAUAAAAUGUUGAAGUACAUUCAACUUCAUCGUUUGUAGUUUGAGGACAAUUGUUAUUUUAUGAUUUGAAGUCUUAUUAUCCUAGCUUUUUUGCUAUGCUUCAAAAGAAUAUAAAAUAAAUUAAUA